AUAAAAUUUCCCUCCGCCAAUAAGGGGGGAGAGAGAUUCUCCUCUUCUCUUCAGUCCGUCGUCGCCGUCCGAUUUGAUUCUCUCUCUCUCUCUCUCUCUGUGCUAGUCUCUGCGAUCCAUAGCAACGAUGGCCGGCAGCGGCAGGGCAAUCUCCAUAGUCGACCACCAGCUCCCAGACGACGACCACAACCGCUACGACGUGAUUUUCUUCGACCGCCAAAUCCCCACCCUGCUGACUCAUUCCCCGUCCAUGGUCUCCUUCUGGCUCUCCCAGCUCCCACCUCCCCCGCGCCUCGUCGGUCUCGACGUCGAGUGGCGCCCCAACUUCUCGACCUACUCCGACCAUCCCAUUGCCACCAUCCAGCUCUGCACUGCCGCCGCCGCCGCCUCGUCAGCCACAAGCCUCAUCUUCCAGAUCCUCCAGGCCCCGCACGUCCCCAAGGAGCUGGCCGACUUCCUCGACGAUCCGGCCAACAAAUUCGUCGGCGUGGGGAUCGGGGAGGACGUGGAGAAGCUGCUGGUGGACUACGGGCUCAGGGUGGGGAAUCCGGUGGAUCUGAGGAGCCUAGCGGGGAAGGCGCUGAAGAACGCCGGGCUGAAGACGCUGGCGAAGGAGGUGCUGGGGAAGGAGGUGGAGAAGCCGAAGAGGGUGACGAGGAGCCGGUGGGACAACCCGUGGCUCACCCCGGCUCAGAAGAUGAGGAAACCAAAAUUAGAAGAAGAGAUUGUGCUUCACCAGAGGAGACAUGCUUGAAGAGGUGUGGGUGGGCCCAUGGGCCCUCGCCCACCUCCGACACUUCCGGCCCUAAUGGGCUCCUCACAUGAACCUCUCUCUCUCUACUUAUCGAAUUAUAUGUACAUUGUCACUGGCCACAAUAUAUAUAUAUAUAUAUAUAUAUAUAUAUAUAUAUAGCAGAUGAAUUGAUCAUUGCAGAACCAUAAAUGCCCUACUUAUAUAAGGUGUCGUCUCAUCAUCACCCCGCGUGUGACACCAAUGUUCACUUAUUUCUACUAGAGGGGCACCCAAUACGGAAGCAUUACACUGAAUAUGAUUUUGCUGUUCAAUUUC